UACAGAGAAAAUAUAUGUAGUCUACAGAUGUAGGAUUUGUGUGGACUGGAACCCGUGUAGCAGAUUGUGUGCUGUUAUCAACACCAGAGUUUUGGGAAACGUUUGAUUCUGGAAAAUGAAUACGUUGGGAUAUCCGAAAAUCAAUAUAGGCCAAAUGAAGAUGAAACACAGACGGAAAAAAGAUUCAAUCCAGUUAUGUAUAAAUGUUAGGAAAUGGUUUGUUUUCUCUCUUUUCGGCGGUGGUUUGUCUUGUCUUCUUGUUGCUGCAUACCUCUUUCCAGCUACAAUAAAAGUCAGCUAUAAGAAAACUAGUUUGGACUUGAGAUUACUUACGUCAAAUACCAAGAUUGCUGUGGCUUUGUCAACAACACAUAGGGGCCUGCCAUCUGCUCAAACAUUACUGCUUGACUUGCUUGAGAGAAAUUUGUCAAGAUCUGAAUUUUCUAGGACGACUUUACCAGGAAACUUCACAAAUAAAAAUCGUACUCUGCAAAAAUAUUCAACAGCAAAAGUUUUCACGACGAAUGUUAUGAAUGAGUCUAUAACGUCAAGUAAUUUCAUACAAAGUGCUAGUAUGACCACGAAUAUGCAAACAAUUCAGGCGACUGCAGUGCCAACCUCGAAUAUCAACGUCAUGCUAACGCUUCAGCCUCCAUCUGAUAUAGUUCCCAUGGAAACUGCCAAUUAUAGCGUAUGCGCGAUUUUAACGGGAGGUCUUGGAAACCAAAUGUUCCAGUUUGCAACUACGUAUCGCCUUGCGGCCAGAAAAGGAAUGUCUGUAGCCAUUGACAAAACUGAUGACUUGACGAAAGUUUUUAAACUAGAUAUUGAGGAAAAGGAAAACUACCGAAACGUUUGCAAAACAUUCGUUGGCAGAGCAGAAAAACUUAAUUGUGGAUACGAUGAAGAAAUGGCCACUUUUUCAGCAAAUAAUAAUUAUAGAGUAUCAACGUAUCUACAGUCAUGGAUAUACUUCUACAAUGCCUCAAAUUCUCUUCGCAAACAAUUUGUGUUCCGAGAUCACAUUUUAGAAUCUAAAAACAAGUUGAUUGAUUCAGUUUUGAAAAAAUAUAAUUUCACAUCUCGUUCCAACGUGACUUUGAUAGGUGUCCACAUAAGAAGGGGAGAUUUGGUCAAUCAUACGUUUGGAUAUAGAGUCGUAAGUGAAAGUUACCUUCAUAAAUCUGUUCACUAUUUUCAGUCAAAACGACUUAUAAACGUUAUAUUUAUAAUUUGCUCCAAUGAUAUGAAAUGGACAAAAGAAUUCAUGCCGAAAGGAAUCCGUUCGGAAUAUAUGGAGGGGAAUUCCCCUGAAGUUGACAUGGCUAUUCUAGGUUCCUGUGACCACAUGAUUAGCAGUGUGGGCACGUUCAGUUGGUGGUCAGCGUGGCUGACCGGUGGAGAAGUCACUUUCUAUCAAUGGCCAGCUAAAGAAGGGUCAUCCCUACGAAAACAAUUCAGCAAAGACUACGUAGACUAUUUUCACCCCGGUUGGAUUGGGUUAUCUUAGCAUCAAAGUCAAACCGACGUCAUAUAUUAAUGAUAAAUUCCCGGUCAUUAUUUCUAAUGAACCAGGAGAAUAUAAUGAACUCGUUAUUGAUUUCCAUAAUUUCUAAAUUUUAUUUUUACUUUUUUUUUUACUUUUUAAAUUUUAAUUAUUUUAAAACUGAUUUCAGACAAUGAAAAAAAACCCAGAAAAACCUAUGUAAACGAAACCUUAAUUCUAAAUAAAAACCGAUAAAACGGAAAAAAAUACGAACAAAAUCAAAUUUUGCAGGAAGAGCCUUAAAAAAGAACAAAGAAAAUAAGACCAGGUAUUCAGGGAGGUUAAGCGUCAUGCAAGUUUUUAUAUCCAUGUCGGAGAAGUGUGUUAUUGUUUUGGUUCAUAUACCGCGGUGUAUAACUACUUUCAAAGCAUCCUAUUGGUCAUUUACGACCUCCAAAUAUUCUGAUUGGCUAACGUCUGACCACGGACUACUUUUCCUACUCCCAUUUAUGAUGCCCCUGCAACGCAGCUAGACCGUGUGACCGUCCGUCUGUCCGGAAUAUUGUGUCGAGUUAUCUAGUAAAGUACUGAAGCAAUAUUUCUCGAACUUGGCGUACUACAUCCCUAUGAUAUAUGAUUAUGUUCUUUUGCUUUUCGUGAAAUUUCGACAACAUUUGGUAGAGUUAUGUCCCCUUUUUGUAGAUAUACUGAAUAGAAUACUGUGUCAAGUGUAUCUUAAGAAAAACUGAAGCAAUACUUCUCAAACUUUGCAUUCUUCAUUCUUAUGAUAUAAUUUUGUGACCUUCUGCAAUUUGACAAAAUAUCUUACAAUUAUGCCCCUUUCCUUAAAAAAUAGGCGACCAUCUUGGAUUUUGGCCGGGUGUUUGUAAUCUCCAUUUCUUGAUAAUUACUUGAUGGAUCUUUCUCAAAUAUCAAAUGUAAGAUCCCCGUGAUGCGUAGUUGUGCAUUGUGCCUUUUUUGAUUGAUUCGAAGAAUUUUGGCACACAUUGCCUGUUCAGCCUUGGUCAAAUGGUGUAACUAAACAUAGCAUAUACUGUAGUUUGACAUAUCAGGUGUUUCCGAAACUAUUAUCAUGACAAAGAAAUCCUGGCUUCUGAUUUGUCCAAAUUUAGAUAUUGGUCGAUUUACUUUUCAAAUUUGUUAUACAGAGGUAUUAGGUUAUGUUGAACAUUGCUGUAUAGGUUUUGUUUCCAAGGCAACCAUACUGAAGCAAAUAGUGGCCUCUUAUCGGUUGAAAUCUAGACACUGCUCUAUUUCAACCAGAUUUCAUAUUUAGGUAAUUAGGGAUGCCGUAUAAAUAUUGGUAUCUGGAGAUUUGGCAUGAUGAGGAAUUCAAGGUUAAACAUAAACUAUUGUAUUCACUGGGUCCGAAACUAAAACAGUAGAUGUAUAGACAACACCUGCGGAGUGUAUAACGUAUCCUCAGAAUGAAAGUUCUAGUUCUUUUUGUCGUAUGUCAUUCAAAAUAUCAAGAUGGACACGUUUGGUUGAUUUGCCGGGGGGUCAACAUUGCCAUAACUGAGUGAGAGGAAUGUCCGAAUGGAAAAGUUGAUUAAUCUGGGGUUUGAGUCGUAUGGAAUAGAAUUUGAUGAUGGUAACAUGGACUACGCACGGAAGCGAGAUAUUGCAUUAAUAAUGGCUAACCAAAAUUUACAUCCCUCUCCCCCGUCAUUUUCAAUAUGCUCUGGAUCCCAAUUAACAUGAAUGAAUCGCAAAAACAAAUAAUAAAUGUACGAAAAUAGAGUUAAAUCGCUGUCCCUAAUCGUAGUCAUUAGAAUGAAACGGUCAGCAGCCUCUAACUUAGGCCUAAGCCUCGAGUUUCUCUUACCCUGGUACAGUGGUAGCAAGGUCGGUGUCAUUCGGUACGAAUAUUGUACCAACAGAAACAAAAAACAAAUAAACACGUUCCUUGUCAUUCUACUUACCUUUAUAACGAAUGUAUAUCCCAAACACAAAUACGUAAAAAUCCGUAUUGGAACACUUGUCUAGUGUUCGUAAACUGAUAAGAGAUUUCGUGUAAACACACAAAUGUAGAAUAUACUCAUUGCUCAGCACUUCAGCUCGGUUUCAGAAAUAUUUUUUUGAAAUGUGCAGAGGCCUUUAAACAAGUGAUCUAUUAAUAAAAUCAUCACUUGUUUGGAAAUCUCUAUAUUAAUGUGACCACACUGUUCCAUCCGUUAAAUUCUACAUUGUUUAUAUUUUACACUCGUUAUCUCGAUUUUGAGAUAAAAUCACUGAUUUGAAUUCACCUUUGCAUUGUCGUGUUGUUUUCCUGAGUUUUAGUUGAUCAAUGUUAUUUUAGUUUUGUUGUAUAUUGUUUCCACGAAGCGGUUGGCGAAUGUUGAUUUUGUGUGUAUUUUUUUUCCAGAAAAUACUUCGCAUGUACACAAAUAAAAGGUAAUUAUAAGUGCA